UUCGAGAAGAUCGCGGUUUCCGUAUAAAUACGCACGAGUCUGGUGGGAAAGGCAGUUCAAUUCAAACUUGCAAAGCGAGUGGAAGUCCAGUGCUAAACAAGCAGUGAAACAAUAAGAGUGAAGGAGAAGUUGCGGUAUUUUUACAAGUGCAACCAAAUAAGCAGAUACAUACAAUAAUGGCGAAGGCGAUUGGAAUCGAUCUGGGCACGACGUAUUCCUGUGUGGGCGUCUGGCAGGAUGGAAAAGUCGAGAUCAUUGCGAACGAUCAAGGCAACAGGACUACACCCAGCUAUGUGGCGUUCACUGACACCGAGAGACUCGUUGGAGAUGCUGCCAAAAACCAAGUGGCGAUGAAUCCCAGGAACAGCGUGUUCGACGCGAAAAGACUGAUCGGUCGCAAGUUCGACGAUGCGAAAAUAGGAGAGGACAUGAAGUAUUGGCCCUUCGAAGUUAUCAACGAUGGAGGUAAGCCGAAGAUCCAGGUGGAGUUCAAAGGGGAGACGAAGAAGUUUGCGCCGGAGGAGAUCAGCUCGAUGGUGCUGGUGAAGAUGAAGGAGACCGCCGAGGCGUACUUGGGGCAGAACGUUAAGGAUGCGGUGGUAACGGUGCCGGCUUACUUCAACGAUUCCCAGAGACAGGCCACCAAAGAUGCGGGAAUGAUCGCAGGCUUGAACGUGAUACGCAUCAUCAACGAACCGACGGCGGCGGCUCUAGCUUACGGUCUGGACAAAGAUCUCAAAGGGGAGAGGAACGUGCUGAUCUUCGAUUUGGGCGGCGGCACCUUCGACGUAUCCAUUCUGACCAUUGAUGAGGGUUCCCUGUUCGAGGUGCGCUCGACAGCCGGAGACACGCAUUUGGGCGGUGAAGACUUUGACAACAGACUGGUCAACCAUUUGGCCGAUGAGUUCAAGAGGAAGGUGAAGAAGGAUCUCAGGGGUAACCCGAGGGCUUUGAGGAGACUUCGCACUGCUGCAGAAAGGGCGAAGCGUACUUUAUCAUCGAGCACGGAAGCCACGAUCGAAAUCGACGCGCUCUUCGAGGGUGUCGACUUCUACACGAAGAUCUCCAGGGCCAGAUUCGAAGAGCUCUGCUCUGAUCUCUUCCGAGGAACCUUGCAGCCAGUCGAGAAGGCCUUAGCUGACGCCAAGAUGGACAAAUCCUCGAUCCACGACAUCGUUCUGGUUGGCGGAUCGACGAGGAUUCCGAAGGUCCAGAAUUUGCUGCAAAAUUACUUCUGCGGAAAAGCGCUCAACCUGUCCAUCAACCCGGACGAGGCGGUCGCGUACGGAGCGGCCGUCCAAGCAGCCGUAUUGACCGGAGACACCAGCUCCAAGAUUCAAGACGUCCUUCUCGUAGACGUCACGCCACUCUCCAUGGGCAUCGAGACAGCCGGAGGAGUCAUGACGAAGAUCAUCGAAAGGAACGCUCGCAUUCCGUGCAAGCAGUCGCAGACCUUCACCACUUACUCCGACAACCAAUCGGCCGUUUCCAUCCAAGUGUUCGAAGGGGAGCGCACGAUGACCAAAGACAACAAUCUGCUGGGAAACUUCGACCUGACGGGCAUCCCACCAGCGCCCAGGGGAGUCCCAAAGAUCGAGGUCACGUUCGAUUUGGACGCCAACGGUAUCCUGAACGUCUCCGCCAAGGACUCCAGUUCCGGCAAGGAGAAGAACAUCACCAUCAAGAACGAUAAGGGCCGUCUCUCUCAGAAGGACAUCGACAGGAUGCUCGCCGAGGCUGAGAAGUAUAAAGCCGAAGACGAGAAGCAGCGUGAUCGCGUAGCAUCCAAAAACCAGCUGGAGAGUUACAUCUUCAACGUGAAGCAGGCCGUCGACGAAGCUGGCGAUAAGCUCAGCGCCGAGGAUAAGAGCAAGGUGCAGCAGGAGUGUGACAGUUGUCUGCAAUGGCUCGAUGCGAACUCGCUGGCCGAGAAGGAGGAGUACGAGGAUAAGCAGAAGCAGUUGACGAGCGUAUGCAGCGGAAUCAUGGCCAAGAUCUACCAAAAUGGACAGCAAUCCUGCGGCCAGCAAGCCGGAGGUUUCCAAGGACGAUCUGGACCGAACGUCGAGGAGGUCGACUAAAUUCCAACAAACACAACUUAAAUUAUUCCAUUGUUAUUUAUUACUUUAAUAAACAUAUAAUCCAUAUUCAAAUAGUCUCAAUUCUUGCUACAUUUCAAACACCCAUGUACAUUUAGUUGCCUACGAUACACCUUACCAACAUAAUCUAAU